UUAUAGGGCUUGACAAAGCCUGUCAAGUUCUCGCUGUAUCUCCCCCAUUGUUGGGAAGACGUGUUUUGUCUCAAGGGCUUCUCGAAAAAGUGCAAAGUCCCUCUUAUUCUCGCAAUCUCUGUCCAAUUUUCCUCAAUAGAUGUGAUCUCUGGUGAUUACUAUAUCCGAAAAAUAUGAAGUGGUUUCUCUGGUUGUUCAAUUUAGGCGUUUUCUACGUCGCUGUCCAUGGCAGGAGGGACGUUAGACGGAAGCUCACUGCCCAACUCAAUCCGGGCUGCCCAGAGAACAUCUGUGGUAAUGACGUACUGGGAAAUAUUACAAAUGUGGUACAUGUGACGUCCUUGGGUGCCAGUGACGCCAUUCACUAUGUUUGGGAUCUCACGGGGAAGCCGUCUGCCUUGGUGGCUCUGUGUGGACUUGAAUCGAAGCUCAAUAUCAGAUGGGAUGAUUUCUUUGAAGGCAAGGAUUACAGUGUCAGCUUCUCGGAAAGUCCUAGGUAUACUUUUGGUGUGGUUCUCAGUCGCCUCUGGGAGUACAAUGAUGAGGAUGAUGUUGGUACAUUUACUGUGACCAAUGCUAGUCAGAUUAAUUCCUUCAGUCUUCGUCAAUUUGAGUGGGAAAGGCAAAAAUUUGAUGCAUCGGAUGACUUUGUUGAGCUCUCUGUCAAAUCACAGGGCGUGAAGGAUCUCAAGGGGAACUUUGAACUGUCUCUGGCAACUUUUGCGACGCCAGAUCACGGUCCAAUGACACCCCAUCUCAUGCACACCGAAAACUCUACACAGAUUGAUCUCAUUCUCGAUUCUGUGCUCACAAAUGAGACCUUCGAGAAUCCCCGAUUUGCCAUAGAAGUCAUCCUUGUGGCCAUGGAGCCCCACAGAGAUAACUACACUGUGGUGGUGAGGAAGAGCCUCGAUGAUGAAUUUACACCUGGCAUCUUCAAGAUCGUUAAUGUGGCCUCACCAGCCUCCGUAAAUGCAAGUUCCGGCGGAUAUCUUCAGUAUCGUCCCGUGUCGUAUACACAUGAAGAACGGGAUGUCAGUACAUCUACCCAGACAUACCAAAGCUCACCAGCCACUCCAAACAAUGCCAUUACGAAGCUCAAGAAUACCCUAUUUCGCUCAAUUUUCGGUGAUUCAGUGGAGACAAUGCUUGUACAGACGCUCAAUGUUUCUUUCGGCGCCAGCGGAGAUGGAUUUUACACCAAAUACAACUAUACCACUUGGACUUUCGUUGUUGGAUACGGAGCUCCAUUGCCGGACAAAUUGUCCUUGUUUGUUGUCGUUGUAGCUACAAUUGGACUGGGAGUGCCUCUAUUGCUCCUCUUCUGUGGCGGAUGCUAUGUAUGUGUUAAACGCGUGAGAAGCACCUCCUAAGAUAUUACCAUUUCCAUCCUCUAUCCCACUUUUAAUUCCGCCUCUCCGUGAGAUUGAUCUAUUUGUGAAGGAAUUCAAUGUGAAUUGAUGAGUAUUAAGCUUGCGCCAGAUGUGGUGAGUUCUAGUGCUAUUUGUGCACGAUUUAGGAGCAAAUUUUUACACAAAUCACCCUAAUUUGUAUAUUUUUUAAUGAGAGAUUUAGUUUAAUUGAGUGCCUUUAACUUAUUGUUAAUAUAUAUAGGAGAAGAAAAGACAAAGUUAUCUAUAUCUCACAAACUCAUGUUAAUUGUACAUUUUUAUCUAUUCGAAUAAAAUACAUGCUCAACUC